AAGACACACACUCCGGAGUACCGUAGAAAUAUUCUAAAAUAUAGCCGAAAAUGAGUGUUUUUAUAAGUGUAUAGAUUAUAUUAGGCUAGAAUUGUACACGGACUUAGCACGGAGACACUUUUCAAAAGUGGGAGCAAAGUAUUUGUUGUGUUAUUGCGAGUAACAAAUCUGUACUUCCUUUGCCGAUUUCCACUGUUUCCUGCCUCCGAAACAUUUGCAUCGGAACAAGGGCAGGAACUGGAACCUGCAGCCACUGUACCUAUAGUGGUGUGCGUGUGAUACGUUCCUCGUGGAUCCGUUAGAGUGAGCGAGAGAGCAGCAGCUUGCUUGCUACACACAGAAAGAGUCAAGAUGGCCGAUCUGGACGCAGUGAAUCUCGGGCUAGAUGAAACGGAACGGGACAUCGCGGAAGCGCUGGAAAAUUCAUAUGACACCCGGUCGGAAGCUUCCGGCGAUGGGGAUGGCGAUGCUGACGAGGCCGACGCUGAUGACGGUGAUGCUUCGCAUCCUAGUAUCAGUUCGGUCAGUUCGGCCGAAUCGGACUCCGGUACCGAUUUAGAGGAGGACGAGGGUGGUGAGGGCGAUAAAAAGAAAAAAGACGCUGCAAAACCCACCCAACAGGAAAAUGGGGCUGCCAAGGAUAAGCAGAUGACGAAGAAAAAGGCGAAGAAAGUGUCCGCGGUUGAAAACGAUACAAAACAAAACAAUGCUGAAGAAGAGGAAGACGAGGAAGAUGAACAUGACGAUGACGACGAGGAGGACGAGGACGAUCCAAUGGAAGAGGAAGAUGAGGAUGAAGAAGACGAAGAGGAGGAGGAAGACGAUGAUCAGGAAGAACGACGUAACAACAAGCGUGUGAAAAAGACUAAAAUUACUGCCGGGAAGGCGAAGAAAAAGCUUGUCACUAAAAAAGUCGCCGCGUCCAAGCAACCGCAGCAGGUUAAAAAGAAGGCUAAAACAGCAGCAGCCACCGUAAAAGAAGAUAUGGAGAAGACAACAUCGGCUGAGAAGAAGAAAAAAAAAGUAAUCACUGCGUCGCAGGAUGGCAAAAAAGGGGCUGGUAAGAAAAAAGAGGACAAGGAAUCUGCAUCCGCCGUUGCGAGCAAUGGCCCGGAAGGAAAGGACGAUGCGGCCAACAAUAGUACCACUAACAAUGCAAACGACACAAGUACUAGUAGUAGCAGUAGCAGCAGCAGUAGUAGUAGCAGCAGCGAAGGUGGUAGCAAGAAGGACGAUCGGAAAUCUAGAAGCCGCAGUCCGGCCUCUGGUGCACCAGAUGCUAAGCGCAGUCGCACGAAAGCCUCCGGUAAUGCUUCCGGCACGAAAAACACGGUGAAAUCGUACGACUAUGUAACGAAGAUCAAUUAUUUGUUCCGGGAGGCACGAUUCUUUCUGAUCAAAUCCAACAAUCACGACAAUGUGGCGCUUUCGAAGUCGAAGGGCGUCUGGUCAACACUGCCACCGAACGAAGCCAACCUAAACCAGGCGUUCCGGGAAAGUCGCAAUGUAAUUCUGCUGUACUCGGUGAAGGAAAGUGGCAAGUUUGCGGGUUUCGCACGCAUGGGCGCGGAGGCAAGGCGCGAUCUGCCGGCGGUUGAUUGGGUGCUGCCCCCGGGCAUGUCGGCGAAAGCACUCGGCGGAGUUAUCAAGAUCGAUUGGGUUUGUAAGAAGGAGCUACCGUUUACCAGCACAUCGCAUCUGUACAACGCUUGGAACGACGAUAAACCGGUUAAGAUUGGUCGCGAUGGGCAGGAGAUAGAGCCCAAAGUGGCGGAGGAACUGUGUCGACUGUUUACCGAAGACACAAGCAUCGACAUGACUCCGAUACUGAAGAAAUCAAAGGAAGCGUCAAAGCUGAUGAAGGAAAAAGCGGCAUCGAAGUCUUUCAGACGGCCGCCGAACUUUGGUCGACCCACAUCAUCGUCGCUGCGAAGUCGCAGCAGUGGAGGUUCCGGGGGUGGUAUUGGACCGAUACGGCGCGGUGGAAGACGCAUGUAUCCGGGUCCAAAGGGUGGAAGAGAUGGAGGUGGUGGCGGUAGUCGAUCGCAUGGAGCAAGCUCAAUGUUCGCACCUUACCGGAAGGACCGGCACGGUGGUGGAGGCAGUGGAGGUAUGGGUGGUGGAGGUGGCAGUCGCCACGGCGGUCAUGGAAUGGGCGGUCUACGUAUGGGCAUGGGCGGCGGGAAUGGAGGCGAUGGAGGUGAUCGUGGCGGCGGUGGUCUUUCACGUGCUGCCGCCCUCGGGGCGAUGCAUCACCCGGCCCAUCACCAUCGCUGGGCCGAUGGGUACAGUUCAACGGCUGCUGCCGAAGCGUACGUGGCCGAUUACAUGCGCAACAUGCAGAACCAGCUGCCACCGAUGCCGUACGCUCCGCCGCCCGGCUUCCCAGGCAUGCCUAUGCCGUACGAUAAUUUGCCGCCACCACCGCGUUACUACGAAGGGUUACCAAUACCGGAGUAUCCACUGCCCCCCGGUUCCAUUCCGGGAAGCGUAACUGGAGCUGGUGGUAUGCCUCCGCCACGUAGCCACGCGGCGGCUGCAGCAGCUGCCGCUGCAAUGUACGACAAGCGAGCGUACGAACAGUCGAUGGAGGAGUUCAUGUGGAAAUCGGCGAACAGCAUGAGCGCCGGCAAUGCAGGCAGUGGAGGUGGCGGUGGGGCAGGUGGGGCUGGCGGCACUGGUGGCGGUCAGGGUGGUGGGGGUUUGAGCAGCGCUGUCGGUGGGCUCGUUGGUGGUAUACCUACGAUGAAAGGGCCACCACCGGUUCUGCCGAGCCAUGGCUACCACGUGCCUCCGCCGAUGAUUCCCCCGAUGCAUCAUCAUCACAUGCACCGUAAGAAUGAUCGUGGGGAUGGAGGUGUCGGCAAUUCGUCAGAUCGUGGCCAGCAGCGGGGUGGAGAUCGCGACCGUUCCAACCACCGCAGCGACCGCAACCAGCACAGGGGUGGCGGUGGUGGUGCAGGUGGUGGUGGCGGCGGUAUCCGUGGGUAUAACAAUCGUGAUAGGCGAUGAUUGGAAGCUUCAAUUCACCAGUAUUCCCCAUCCGAUCGACUUUAGUAUUAGGAAGGAGGAAUCGAAUUAAAAAUCUAUAUCACCUAUUUUCCAUCCAGACAAAUAUGGUGAUAUAAACAAUGCAUCAUGGAACCGUCAUCGCGCUUACCUGGAUUCACCGAAGCUUCUCCCAUCGUCCUGUGCAAUAGUAUGUGGGCAUAAUUAGGCGUCAUGUUAUCGAUCAUCCCAACACAUCCCCCUUUGUGCACCCGUCACGAAAUCAUGUGCGAAACCGAGAACGAUUGAUCGAUUCCUAGCGUCUUCGAUCAGUUGUUCACGUGUAGAUUUCGUACCGUAGCCGUUUUAGCAACUUUCAUCACACCGGGCCAGCAGUACCAGUCGACCAUCGCGUGUUGCUGGACACUAAAAACGUAUGUUCAUUACGUUUCGGUGUCCCUUCCUGUUCAUCACAUACUACGCGCAAUCAUUGCGAUAUCAUCGAAGCCUGCAUUCCAGAUGGCGGUGUACGGACGUGGUCACGUCUGCAACCGCCGAACUGCGGAGAAUGGAUACGCCGGCAUGGGAUAGCCUGUCGGUAUUAGCAACAGCAGCAUGAUCACGACCGAUGCAUCUAUGUUGUGGGUGCAUUUUUUUGGUGACACGUUCUGCGUUUGUGCGCGAGUGCGAAUUAUCAAGAAGAAGGAAUAUGAGUGCGGUCGAGUGCAGUUUUUAUGCUUUUCAAUUACGUGAAGAAAUUUCGUGUAUUGUGGCGUUCAAUUGGUUUCGGUGCGACAAAGUGAUUGAUACGUGUGUGAUACGCAUGCUUGGUGCAUUUGCUGCGAAAGGAUGCUGUAGGCUCAGAUCUCAGAGGCAUAAGAAAAAGGGGAAUCAUAGUUUUGGUAUGAAAACGUAUAAGAUUUUAAAGGAUUUUUUGUAGAAUAGAUCAAAAGGGAGGAUCAGACGGUGGAUUGAUUAUUUGUGCUGGUAAGCCGCGAGAACGUUUAUGCGACAACACCGAGUGAAAGGCAUUAAUGAGGAGCAUUAAUGGAAUGAUCAGUCUGUGGGGCGAACUAAAGUAAUAAUGUAACAUGAAAUCAAUUCACAUAAGAUCGACAACAUGCAUGCAACCAACGUCGGUGCUAAAUUGUAGAGAUUGCUUUUCAAACAGGCAAAAAGCGUCAAGUAGCAAUGCUACAGAAGGACUUCACUUUUCUUAUCAUUGAACAAACAAAUUUGCAACGCGUUAGUGGUGUUCAUACACGUAACAUAAAUUACUCACAAAUUUGAAUGAACUGUUCCUUGUGGCAAAAUAGAUACACCAACCCAACAGUACAGCCACAACCGCAAAUAUACAGGUCUGAAAACUCGAGACGAAUUGUGAAUUAACUACAUUGCGGUUUAAUUAAACAUAUAUAAGUAUGGUAAUAAGCAUAGUUUGUACGGCCGAUCAUCAGCGCUCUCCAUGAAACCAAUUUACCAUCACCAUCAGGAUGAUACUAAAGGACGCUUCGUGUGUGCGUGCGUGUGUUUGUGUUUACUUCUCGACGAUCACCACCACCCGUAACAGUAAAGGGUGUACUUCAAGCUGUCGGUGCAAUAUGCAAAAUAAUGUACACAUAUAUAUGGUGUAUGUGACGCAUCGCAAUUACGAUUGGGUGAAUACUAUCUUAGAGACAGGCAAACAAAGCGCGCCCGUGAGUGUUUCUGUAAUUUGUUCUAUAAGAGCAUGUGUGUGUGUGUGUGUGCACGUGCACUGCGUGUGUAAAAAUAAUGUCGAACUUUCCGAUCCUUUACGAUGCGAAUAAAUUAUUUACGAUAUCAUAGGCGGCACAGUAGGCACUGAGAAAAACUAAAGCACAAUACCGACACACUCACACACACAAACACACAGUGAAAUAAUGAAAGUAACACAAAAAAUUCAAAAAAAUAAUGCUACUUCGUCGAUACAUAGAAGUAACGAUCAGCGCGCAUGCGUACAAGGAUAGUUUGCCGCAAACACAAUCUCAAGCAUUAGGAUGUAAUACGAUAAGCACGUAGAUAUGACAUGGAACCUCCCUGUAUCGCUCCCGGCGCAGUUAAUUUGAAAUAAUUGCAAACAAUUAUGUUAGGAAAAGGUCGUAGUGUGCGAUGAAACAUAAAGCCUCCGGCAAUUGCAGCAAGGGCCAAUGCGACAGAGGGAUGCUCCCUUUUUUGAACGGUUAGGAAUGUAUGAACUUUUUUAUGUUACUAAACCCACCCAAUUACUCUGUCCUAAGCCGAUCAACAGCAAAAUACUACAUCUACACGCAGUAUAAAUGUAUUCAAUAAAGUUAAACAAAAAAUCUAACGUAGCCGUAAAACAAAAACCACCAAAAUAUGGACCAUUUGCCGAUCUGCUGACGGUUAUCGACCCAAAGCAAAACGGGAGAGAAAAACGUACGGAAAAUGUGUUUAAGUGUGAUGAUGGAAUAAAAGUGUUAAUGAAACGAUCGAUUGGCAGCAACCUAUGAUGCUCAACGAAUGAGGAUCUUUUCCUCACAGGAAGUGCGUUACAGUGUGUGGCAAGAUCGGCAAAAUAUAAAUAGUGCGCUCGGGCUUGGGCUGUGUUGCGUUGGUUAUGCGGUUAACCACGGAAAAAUGUGGACACUCCAAUACCAAACUACCUAUCACACACCGUACCGCCGGCACGUGUGCUAUGCUGCUGCAUGGGAUGGAUGUGGGAGCGUUUUAUGUGCUGGGAAAGAAUGGGGGCUAAAGAAGUUGCCAAAAGAACUGUUCAAGCGCUGCCUACUGCGGUGUUACUGAAGCAGCUCGCAAAUAAUAUCCCCCGCAUUCGGAUACGGCUACACAAGCAUCCUUCCCGAAGGAUCAACCCUUUUACCAUGAUGCUGCCCCAUCCCCGUGUGUUGUUUGCCAGUAUUCUGCGAGUACACAGUGUAUUUACCAUAACAGUUUACUUCUACGUGCAAUUAGCAAAAAAAAUAAAAAUAGUGCAAUCACUUGAUUCGAAAACGAAGAGAGAUCAAUUCGACGAUCACCUGACAGGUGAUGGUUGUGUGU